AUGCAACUUCCUUUAUCUCGCGAGCAUAUGGUCAAAAAAGCAUCAAGUCAGAAACAAAAACAGAGAAUAUACUUCAUUGUUACAUUGGCCUUUUCUCUGUUUCUGCCUAACGCAACUGGGUCUGUGGUGCAACAUAACAAUCACAAAGGUGUUACAACAGAAAAAUGCCGGAUUGCUAUGGAUGAAAUGUCUUCCAUGGGAAUAAAACCCUGCAUACCCGCCAAACUGCCGAUAUCCUAUUCCACGUGGCUAAGUGAUUCGAAAUUAUUCGACUCCAGAGCUCCAUGCAAUAGACAUGCUGCGGAACCACAACAUUGGCUACCAGAAGCCGUCAGUUCCAGUCAAGAAACACCUGCUUUUAAUGAAGGCAGAAUAAACCGAAGCAACUCAGUAAAUGGUGAAUUUCAUUUCAGCCUUUGUGCUCCUCAUCAUCACGAAAACAUCACAUCGAUGUUGACAUGCUGCACUAUGGAAAUGGAAAGAAAUCUGUUGCAUCGGACACAGAGAGAAAUACAAGAAGGGUUAUCCGGCUUCCUAUCACGCUGGUCCACCGAUGUUUCCAAACUUCGAGCAAGGUUACGAGAUGAAUACCUUACAACCUUUGAGUUAUUCAGAAAAGAGCUCAACCGAACAUUAUGCUCUAAUGUGGAUGCUACUCAUACUGCCCCAAACUGCUCCCAAUUUUCCGCUGAGCUAUUCCACAAGUUUCGCUCUCUGGGUGAGCAAUUAAUGCUGGGCACAGAAGAUAUGUCAAGAGAAAUAUCGACCCCGAUUGAUAAUUUGAUAAUGCACUUACUGAUUGACAUGUCUUGUCAAUCUAAAUCUCAAUCGGGAACUAGUACUCUGGAGGAAUACAAUGAAGAGAUACGGUGCCAAAAAUAUUGUCAAGCUAGACUGAAUCCCAUCCUGGACUCUCAGAUGAGUGGUUUGGAUUCAAAUCAACUCAAGGAGAUCGUGGGUAACUACAUUGGCUCCGCACCCACUUCACAAUCGUUUGCAUAUCCGUGGCUGCAAAAACACCGGCAGGAACUUCCCACAGCGAAGAAGACUGAAAACAACUGGAGACAGUCCAAUUCCGAUCAGUACAAACGGCUGUACAGUCAAGAUCUGCUUUACGCAUUCCGACUAAACCGUUUACUGAUGCAGUCGUUAGAAUUGGCGGAAACUCUGAUUGAAGGUUUAACUGAAUUCAACCCCGCCCAAGGAUCUUGCAUGCACAAACUGAUGCGAAUGCAUCGAUGCGCACUGUGCGCUGGAGAACCGUUGACGCGGCCAUGUCCUGAACUUUGCCUCACCAUUAUGUUUAAUUGUUUAAAGCCAAUCACUGAGCUACACACAUCAUGGAAACGAUUCACAGAAGCUAUCAAACUGGUUGUACAGACACUGUUGGCUAAACCUCAGCUCAGCCUAGCGGUGCAGUUUAAACAGCUUCCACGACGUCUUGUCGCAUACUUUCGUCAUUUUUUAACCUACCACAAGGAAUGGCUCCAACCACAGUGCUCCGGGACGGAAAAGCUUUUGGAACUAUUCAGUCUUAGUGAGUCAGUUGAGGAAGAAGCGCACUCCGAAACGUCCAAUGCGGACGUGUUAACACAGCUGCAAAGGCAACAAGAGUCACUUGGAUCAUUGCAGCUGAAGGUAGACCUAUGGGCCGAAGUGUGGACCAGGGCAAGCGCCGCAGUGUGCAGUGAGUCACCCUACCUCUCUUCCCCACCAAACGCUCUGGAAGACUGUUGGAACGGAACGACCACGGGAAGGUUUCUGGCUACUAACUGCGACUUCUGUGCUCAAAUGGACGACGCUGGAGGGAACACGCAGACGGUGAGAGCUGCAAACGAACUACUGGCCUAUGAUGGAUAUCAGCGCAACCCUCGAGUACAGUGGCAGCGGCACAAAUCGGAUGGCUUAGACGCAUCUGCAUUGCAGCAUAGAAAGCCGCAGCACUUUUCAUCUGAGAUGACCCAUUUUUCGAGUGCGCAACAAGAUAUGGAUCUUGCCACUUAUCGAGCCAACGAACUUUUGGUGAGGGCUUCAAGAAAUUUGCAUUGGUCCACAGAUGCGAUGACGGGGGAGCUUCAUGCCUACAACCUGGCAUCCGGAAAGGAAGAUAUGUCCAACUCUCCUAGUAGGCAGACAGAGUCUUGGGUGCAAAUCCCGCAAAAUCAUGCAGAACAGACAAAGUUCGGUAAUUUAUUUUCCCCUGAAUCAGAAAAGUCAUUGGACGAGGCCGAAGAGUUGAACACUUCAUUGAGACGAAUGGCAUAUGGGCCGAUAAUGAGUUGGAACGCCCGCCAUCUUGCCGGAACGCGAGAUUCUAAAACAGCAAGGUUCCAUGGUCAGCGUUCCCCAAGUAGGAUGGAUGUAAAGGACAGAUACACAACUGCUCAGAACAAAUCGGCAUCACAGGUUCUCAACCAAGAGCAGCCUGUAAACAACCCAAGCAUGCCACAGGAAUCUGAGGAUGGUGGUUCCGGCGUGCAGCCCUCCUGGAUGGUGUACGGUUGGCCCCCUAUACCACAACCUCCCCAGAUAGAUGAAUCUGCGAAACCUCCUAACGCGCAGCGGAAUAUUCCCGGGGACAAUAUUGUACAAGAUAAUGAGUAUGCUGGAAGUGGAUUCAUUGACACACAAAGUGGUCUUCCUUCAUUUAUGGAAUACGCUGACUACCCACAGCUAGGUACUUUUCACAACCUAAUCAAUCCCAGUAAUCAAGUAAAGCCAGAGGAGUCCCUUAGAGAGAGAGCACCAACAGAUGAUGAAGACUUUUCAGAAACUGAAGAUGGUCCUACUUUGGUGGAUACUUCGACUUCUGAGAUAAAUAAAGGGAUACAGUCCACCUCAGACCUGAUAGCACCACACGAAAACAGAAAUAAGUCUGGAAAACAAGAGUCACGUAACGUGUUGGUUAAAAGCGGCAACCAAGACGUCAUCGAUCAGAAAGGAAGGGGAUCCAGGAGAAGACAAAUUUGGGGUCCGGGGUAUUUUGUGUGGGCUUUCUGUCCCAAUUCUGUGAUCACAAUUUUGAUGACCUUGUGCUUUAACUAG